GUGUGACGUCACACGCGCCGGCUCUGGAGGAGGAAGUGAAAGGGAAAAACAGAAGCUCCGGCUAGUAGGUAAUUAGCUCGCAAGCAGGCAAGUAGUCAAGCAAAGUGCCACAUUUACCCAAUCAUUGUAGCUAACCCGACCCGUCAUUUUACAAAGCGGGACCAUCUUUGACAUUAGUGGAACGAGAAUUACGUUUCUAGGCGGAAUUUGAACCGAGGCGUCUCCGAAUUACCGCUAGUUAACGAAUAAAAAUCCGCUCGCUGACAUAACGCCUCGUUAGCCGCCGACGCUAGCCGUCCUGAACAAUAACAGCGGCUCUCACCGGGGAAGGAGUCCACUCGCUGCUCUGGUUUUACUUCAAGCUGUGGAAACAUGGCUUCCAGGAAGAAAGUGCUGUUGAAAGUCAUCAUUCUGGGAGAUUCUGGUGUUGGAAAGACUUCACUAAUGAACCAAUAUGUGAACAAAAAAUUUAGCAACCAGUACAAAGCCACAAUAGGAGCCGAUUUCCUGACCAAGGAGGUGAUGGUGGAUGACAGACUGGUAACGAUGCAGAUCUGGGACACGGCCGGUCAGGAGAGGUUCCAGUCUUUGGGGGUUGCCUUCUACCGUGGAGCGGACUGCUGCGUCCUGGUUUUUGAUGUGACCGCCCCCAACACCUUCAAAACUCUCGACAGCUGGAGGGACGAGUUUCUAAUCCAGGCCAGCCCUCGAGAUCCCGAGAACUUUCCCUUUGUGGUUCUAGGCAACAAGAUCGAUCUGGAGAACAGACAGGUGACCACCAAAAGGGCUCAGGCCUGGUGUCAGAGUAAGAACAACAUCCCUUACUUUGAGACCAGCGCCAAAGAAGCCAUUAAUGUGGAGCAAGCAUUCCAGACAAUCGCACGCAACGCCCUCAAACAGGAGACAGAAGUGGAGCCGUAUCCCGACUUCCCCGAGUCCAUAAAGCUGGAUCCAAACGACAGAGCCAAAGCUUCUGCGGACAGCUGCAGCUGCUGAGGGACAACUGGACCCGCUUUUCAUCUGGCUCUGGAACGUCCCGUCAUCGUCACCUCCUCCACCUCGCUCCUCAGGAAAGAACUUUCCUGCCGGUCUUCCUCUCUCACAGCUCUCCACUCUUCCGUCACCAUCCCGUCACCCGUUUUGUUGCACAUGGAUGUAUUCUCCACAUUCGGUACUCCGACUGAGACAUUUCAGUGUUUUCCUUUAACACGUCGACAAAUCCAGUGUCCAAAGAACACCAGAAGAAAGCCGUCUCCAUGUGUAGCUAACGAACGGCUUUUGUUGCUCGAUCUGUCAAAUGAGGAGAUGUGGGGGGGCGUGGUCAAAGAGGGCGAUGGGCGGGCGGAUUGAUGGUCGUGAGAUGAUGUUGGCUGAUUACAGCAUCCCAAGUAUCACUUCUCUCUUUUUGCCAAUUUCUUAGAUAAUUAAAUAAGUAGUUAACGCCAUUUUUGAACUAAUAUAAUUAUCCCUUAAUUUGCACUUUUUGCCUUUAAAUGUUUUGUCAUGGGGGGUGACUGAUUUUGGGCAACAUCUUCAAUCACGUGGUUUCAUCAUCAGUUCCCAACACUAGUGAUUGUCAGAGCUUUCCCCCUUUGAAGUCGAUUGAUCUGCCGUCAGUAACCGUGGCUGCGGCGCUCACUGUGUUAACCAUGAUUUGGCCUUUUAUGUCACAUAACUUCUUCCUGCUGUGUCUUCUGUCUCUGAGACGGAAUUCCUCGCCGACGUCAGUCUUCGGUCACGUCUGUGUCAUCGCUGGUCCAUCUAUCUGCUUGUAGCUCAGGUUGGCACGUACAUAUUUUUAACAGGUUGUGUAUUACGGUGUAUAGAUGGCAAAGAACUGAACUCAAAUCUCUUCUGUCCUUCCAUUCAAACAAAAGAUCUGACUUUUGGUUCUGGUGUUGCUCCUACUCUUUACAGAAAACUUUACUGCAAUGCCGAUUAUGUUGUGGAAGAAAUUUGAACUCCAAACAAUAAAACUCUUGAAUAAAUCAAA